UUGAUAAAUUCAAUUAUUUUCUUUAUAAGGGAUCGACAUGAAAAUGGUGAUUUAUACACAGAUUAUGAAGAUAUUCCCCCUCGAUCUGCAGCUGGGGCGUCUGAUGUAGCGAUUGAAACAAAUUCCGAAAGUUCUGAUUACGUAGAGCUUAUAGAAGAGCUUAGUACCUUUCCUACUAGGGAAGAACUCAAUGAACCAACGCUGGAUUCCAAAGGACGAGCUUCAAAAAGAGCCCGAACCUCAGCUCCUGCUACUACUUCUAGAGGUCACAAGUCAACUCCAAGGCCUUUAAAUCAGAAUCUAUCAAUAUUUAAUUAUUUUGAUAAAGAUUGCAUACCAGUUAAUGAUCUCAUUGAUUUUGUCGCAAUAGUCGGUGGGAACAUAGUUUCCUCAAAUAAACCCAUGCAACCUCCCCAACUUUUCUCAAAAAACAGAGCCUUGACGAAUGUUUACAAUCUCUCCCAAAAGCGCAAACGUGGUGCUAGGCAGCAACCUGAAAGUGUUGUGGAUGAUUACAUCAAAAAGGCUAUUCAGUGCAGUCAAACUGUCUUUGAACGUCUGCGCACACAAGCCAACAAAAUCACAAAAGGACGCAGUGCUGAUUUUAUCCCCAAGAAUCCCUUUUUGUAUCCAUGGGAACAUGACAAGGAUAGGAUGAAUGGUGGGCAGUGGCGUGAACGCAGAGAACAGUUUUUGUCUUUGACAAAGCCAACUGAAGAUGAAGAAGGAGAUGGUGAGGAGAUUAUCUCAGAUUCGGAAAAUAAUCCACCUGCAGUAAGACCCGGUAAACGCAAACUCAGAGCCACUCAACGAAAUCUUCCCGGUGAAGUUGAUACUGCAAGAAGAUCUGCUGUUGCUGAAGUUCAACCCAUUCUGCUUGGUUACCGGUGGCCUGAGGGCCGUCAAUCUAAUUCCUCACCGGAGAAAUCAAUCUCAGAAGGUGACGAAUAUGUCUGGAUGAUAGAUCCAACUACCCACAAACGAUAUCAGGUCUUGAAAUCGUCGUAUGAACGAGAUAAGGCUUUUGUUGUUGGAGAGUCGACCCUUUCGAAUCGAUUUACUCCCCAAUACCUCGAUAAUCUUGCCAAUCAGUGUGAUGCUGUGACUGGUCCUCCCGGUAUCUUUGAAUUUCUCAAUCAUACCUACCUUGCUGUGGUCGAAUUCUGUUUCCACCCGGAUAUCUACACGUACUCUUCUGAUAUCUAUUUCCGCGUACUCGAAACUGUUGAAUGGGAGCCAUAUUUCAUCGCAACUCUGAUUGCUAUUGCCUUCACUAUUGCCCGAUACCUUUGCGCCUUUUUCUUUUUCAGGACAGCAGUUGGAAAGAAAUUUAUUACAGAGCAGUCGCAGAAAAAGGCUAUGACGCCUCUGUGGAGUGCCAUUUCAUAUGCCUUCCUCUUCUCUGUGGAAGCUUUCACCCUCUACAACUAUGGAUAUAAUGACUUUAUCUACCCACUUUGUAUUUUCAAGGAAAUUCACUACACACAUGGAUAUUUUGAUGUCCCCGUGCCCGCUCAGUAUUUCUGGCUGUACAUGCUCCAGAUUGGCUAUUAUAUGCACUCAUUUUACGCGACCAUUCGACUUGAUAUCAGACGCAAGGAUACCACUGUGAUACUCGUUCACCAUGUUCUCACAAUCGCUCUCCUCUCCUUCUCUUUCUUUGCCAGGUAG